UCAAGAUCCCAUCACGUACUGUUUACUUGUACUUAAUUAUGUACUAUAUAUUGGUUAAAUUCAAUCUCAUCCAUAGCAUCGACCCCAUCCCAAUAACAAACACCCAAAUCAGGUUCAAAAGAAAUGAACUCAACCAUGAGUGAAUCAGGAGCAGGUGGUUUCAAAACUUUGAGUUCUCCCAUUCCUUACCUCUUUGGUGGCUUAGCUAUCAUGCUUGCAGUCAUAGCAGUUGCAUUACUCAUCUUAGCUUGGUCUUAUCGUAAACAAUACUAUACUUCUUCUAACUCGGCCAGUGAUGAAGAGAAACCACCACCCAUCAAGAUGGUGGAAAAGGAGGAGAAUGUUUCAGAGCCAAAGAUUGUUGUGAUCAUGGCUGGAGAGAGCAACCCCACUUACUUGGCCAAGCCAGUUCCAUCCACAAGCCAUAAUGAACAACCCCUUUUCAAAGUAGCAGUAUGUAGAUCAGAGUCAGAGUAAUCAUAUAUAUAUAUAUAUAUAUAUAUAUAUAUAUAUAUAUAUAUAUAUAUAUAUAUAUAUAUAUUCUUAGAAAUUUUCUUGUUCUGGGGUUUGAUUUUCUUUAUAUAUAAUACAUUUUGCUAGCUCUUUAAACUCUGGUUGAACCUGCGAGAUGUAAAUUGAAGAGAUCGAAUGAAAUGGAUGUGGUAGUGUUGAGAGA